AUGCUCCUACGGCUUGGACUGUUCAGUCUGGCCUUAGUGACAAGUAGUCACAGCUUUGGAACUUAUAUUGAGCCUCGACCCAAUCUGCUCAGGACAAAUGCCAACCAGACCUUCCCACCGUCGCGCCAAACCCACCAGCAUACACACGACCCCAGUAUAAUUCUGUUCCACGACACAUUCUACUUGUACAAUGUGGGCGAGCAUAUUGUCAUUCAUACAGCGCCGAGUCUGGCUGGUCCUUGGACUCGUGUUGGAACCGUACUGGAUGCAAACAGUGUGAUUCCCAAAGGAGAUCGUGCCGCACCCUGGGCCCCGACUGUAGUCUCUCACGACGGCACCUACUAUUGCUACUACAGCGUCAGCAAAGCUGGAUGUCGUGACAGUGCAGUCGGCGUCGCUACCUCCAAGUCUCCGGGCCCAGGAUCAUGGGUCGAUCACGGGAUAGUUAUACAGACUGGAACAGGAAAUGGUUCCGAGAUUGCACCAUACAAUGUCUCGAACGCCAUUGACCCUGCAACAUUGAUCUUGCCCAAUGGGUCCAGCUUUAUGACCUUCGGUAGCUACUGGACGGGUAUUUACCAGAUUCCAUUGAGCAAGACUUUACUUUCAUCAGCCAGCACAACUCAUCCAGCUGCUCAACACCUGGCUUACGAGCCCAAAGCUCAGAGCCCUCCAAAUCCCCAAGCAGACUCGAUAUGUGGCGAUCCGACGGGUCCGCACGCUAUCGAAGGGGCAUAUACAUCGUACCGUGACCCGUAUUACUAUCUAUGGUUCAGCCGGGGUCGUUGCUGUGAUUUGGAUCGUGGCGCACUGCCAGCUGAAGGGGCAGAGUAUAGUAUUCGCGUCGGUCGAUCAAAAGAUCCACGAGGCCCAUAUUUUGACAAAGCUGGACACAAUCUUAUCCACGGCGGUGGAACGAUUAUCUAUGGUUCAAAUGCGCAGACGUAUGCUCCUGGUGGGCAAGGGGUUAUACAAGUCGAUGGGACAGACUACCUGUAUUACCAUUAUCGUGAGUCAAACCCAGACCAGCAGCCUUACUUUGAAAUUUGA